UCUUAACUGGCUUGAAUGUGCACUGACUGCAUAUAAAUAAGCGGCACGUCGUUGUAAUGCGAGUAUAAGUGAGGCGUAACAGUUUGACGUAACGCUAUCUACCGUACCUGUCUGUAGCGUAGCUGACAGACCUUGUGUUUGACGUUAGAGCUUUGCGGUGGACUCUCCAGCGUGUACGCGGUGUUUUGGUUUUUGCCGGCCUGUCAUCACAACAGCUUGACAUUUAUCACUCUGCAAGGCUGGCGUAGAAGAUGGCAUCAAUGGCAGCGGCGCACGAGCCAGGUAUACUAAGCCCCGGCUCCAUACCGCUGAUCGUUGACGCUUUAGUCCCCGAGAGUAUAUUCGCUCCGGACCGGGGAGGAUGUGGGGACGACAGCGGGGACGAGUGCUUCGAGGACGGGGACAUGAUGAACGGCGAGCUCGAGGACCGCGGGGUUGACUUCACCAACAAGCUGGCACUUGUUAGCCCAAAUGGAGAGCAGUAUGACUCGUUACUCCGCCAGCUCCGGGACAGAAUGGAGGAGGGAUGUGGAGAGACCAUCUACGUGGUUGGGAUGGGCUCAGACGGUAGUGACUGGGGUCUGGAUGAGAAGGACAUGGAGGCCUCAGGAGCCACGGUGCGCUCUAUGUGUGAGCAAGUGGAUGCUGACCUCAUUACUCUCCGAGAGCGUAAUGAGGCUGCAGGUUUGGUUCGCGACUACCUGAUCCGCCGGCGUGUGGGUGAGCUGGACUUCCUGGAGGUCAGGGUUGCAGUCGUGGGUAACGUGGAUGCCGGUAAGAGUACUCUGCUGGGAGUGUUAACGCACGGAGAGCUGGACAAUGGCAGGGGCUUUGCCCGCCAAAAGCUCUUCAGACACAAACACGAGAUGGAGAGUGGCAGGACCAGCAGUGUGGGCAACGAUAUCCUGGGGUUUGACCAGGAGGGACAGGUGGUAAACAAACCAGAUAGUCAUGGAGGAAGCCUGGACUGGACCAAGAUCUGUGAGAAGUCCUCCAAGGUUAUCACCUUCAUAGACCUGGCUGGCCAUGAGAAAUACCUCAAGACCACGGUGUUUGGGAUGACCGGACACCUGCCUGACUUCUGCAUGCUCAUGGUGGGCAGUAACGCAGGUAUCGUAGGGAUGACCAAAGAGCACCUGGGCCUGGCCUUAGCCCUGAAUGUGCCCGUGUUUGUGGUGGUGACCAAGAUAGACAUGUGUCCAGCCAACAUCCUGCAAGAGACAUUGAAGCUGCUCCAGAGGUUGCUGAAGUCCCCCGGCUGCAGGAAGAUCCCCGUGCUGGUGCAGAACAAGGACGACGUCAUAGUCACGGCUUCAAACUUCAGUUCGGAGAGGAUGUGUCCCAUCUUCCAGAUCUCCAAUGUGUCUGGAGAGAACAUGGACAUGCUCAAGAUGUUUCUCAACCUGCUCUCCUCCAGGACGUCCUACCGUGACGACCAGCCGGCUGAGUUUCAGAUAGACGACACCUACUCUGUACCGGGAGUGGGAACAGUAGUAUCAGGAACAACUUUACGCGGACUCAUACGUCUGAAUGAUACAAUGCUACUAGGACCAGACCCCCUGGGCAGCUUCAUCCCCAUUGCUGUGAAAUCAAUCCACCGCAAGAGAAUGCCCGUGAAGGAGGUUAGAGGGGGCCAGACCGCCUCAUUUGCCCUCAAAAAGAUCAAGCGUUCGUCCAUAAGAAAAGGCAUGGUGAUGGUGUCCCCAAGGUUGUGCCCGCAGGCUACCUGGGAGUUUGAGGCUGAGAUCCUGGUGCUGCAUCACCCAACUACGAUAUCCCCCAGAUACCAGGCCAUGGUCCACUGUGGCAGCAUUAGGCAGACAGCCACCAUCUUGUCCAUGAACAGAGACUGCUUACGGACAGGCGACAAGGCUUCAGUCCACUUCCGCUUCAUCAAAACCCCCGAGUACCUGCACUGCGACCAGCGGCUGGUGUUCAGGGAGGGACGCACCAAGGCUGUGGGUACCAUCACUAAGCUGUUGCAAUCCACCAAUAACUUACCGUCCAAUUCCAAACCUCCACAAAUCAAAAUGCAGUCGACAAAGAAGGCACUGCCGCGAAGAGAGGACGGCACCACGGCAGCCGCUGAUGAAGCAGCAACAAUAGCACAGUCUGCAGGCCCAAACGGGACACAACCGGGAGAGGAAGAUGAAGAGCCUCAGAUAAAAGAGGGCAACAAAGAGAACAAGCCAAAGUCUGGAGGAGGCGGCAGGAGACGGGGCGGCCAGAGGCACAAAGGAAAAGGCCAGAACAGCAGCACCAACUCCACGGCGGCUCCCUCCUCAGGAACAGGAGGUUCCUAAACUGCCCUCCUGUAAAGCUCCCCCUCUGCCAUCACUCCACAAGUGUCUUCAUCCCACAAACCAUGAAGGACAGACAUGUUUGGAGCAAGACACUCCUUAGUCUUAUCACUCCUUGCCUUUUCACACCAGGUCCUACAUUAUUUAUUUUUAAAGGGAACACAAAGGUGUACGUCCCAAACCAAAAAAUGCACCUUUAAUGCAUUUUAACGUCAGCUGCCUUUUACUCUUUUGAAUGGUUCGGGUGAUGGAAAGCAGUGUGGUUUGAGGUUAGCCUCACUUAGGAUGACGACUUAUUUCAUUUGAUGCAUAUUUGAUCAGUCUAUGAAAUCAACAAUUCAUUCCUCCGGCUCAAUGCGAGUGGAAGGGAGGGAGGCUAACCCGAAAACAAAGAUCCAGUACGAUACGAGCAGCUAUACGUGAACCCCCCCUCCCCUCCCCCAUGCAUUCCCAGCAAAAAACAAUUCAUGUACUAUUUUUACUGCAUAUGUAAAUUAGAUGUUAGGUGUGCUCCGAUUGGACGGAUUCCAUUGUACAAAAUGUAAUGCAAAUAAUAUAUGAAUGUAGCAGAAGGCACACGGUGAUUUUGAAUUAUAGAUAUAUGGAAAAUAUAAGCGGUUGCAUUUUAUAAUCAUCAGUUAUUUAUUUGGCAUACAUGCAGAACAUUCACUCGUAAGAUGGUCUCGGACUUCUCACUCGCACUCUUUAGAUUCAGGAUCCAUCAUGCUUCCACCGCCAGUCAGCCACGUUACAAACCGUAUACAGUUAGUGUUAUUACAGAUACAGCACAUCAUCUUCAUCAUGAGUAUAAGACAUGCAGUGCUACUUGUAACUCUAGUACCCCAUGCUUUAUGGCCUGUUGCUGUUAACAUGUUGUGACAUUUUAAACACACGUUGCCACUAAAAAUAAACUGACCAUUAAUAAACAGGUUAUACUGAGAUUCUUUUUUUCAUGUGUAUUUUAUUUAAGAGUAAAAAAAAAUAUUUUAACAGGAGCAAAGAUGGGUUCAAUAUGUUUACAGUGCUCUUUUUCUCCAAUAUACUGGAACUACAUUUCCAUACUAUGUUACAGAUGGAAAGUGGCAACUAUUGACUCUGAAUAGAUGGCAGAAUUGUGUAUUUGGACUUUACAUUUUUGAUAAUCAUGUGAGUUACAAAGGCUACGAUCAUGUAAAACCACGUUGAGUUCUGUGCACAUGGAGACGUUACCGUUAACAAUGAAGUCCAAAGAGUUUCUCAACUGAGAAAAGGAAUAUUUCAACACCUGUAAGAUCCAAUUAGCUUGGCAGGAAUCUUUGCCAUCAACAAAGUAUCCAAAAACUAGAAAAAAAAAAAAGUAUAUAUAUUUUGUGAUGCACAGGACACGUUUCACAACUUGAAUCAGCGUAUCAACCUUCUCAAGUCCCCACUUACAGUCUCAUGAAUGGUCAACAGUUUGAGGAAAUAAACGAACACCUGUUUUCUGAUGCAUGGGCAGAUUUAAGGUCAGUUUGGAGAUCAGUUUCUAGUGAGAACCAUAAAAGUUCUAAAUGAAGUUGCUUUAACCUACAAGGGCACAUUUAGUCACACGCAGAGUAGUCUUACUUUAUAUACACAAACAUUACACAUUAUAUGCAACAUUUAUUUACUAUAGAUUCAAACACUGAACGUAUUGAUCUGCUUCAUUUACAUGAUG